CGAGCUCACCCUAAAACAACAUGAGCUACAGAUGUAAAUAAAAGCGUAAGUAACGUGUAACAGUUACAAGUUAUAAAUAUAAUCCAACAUUAAGAUACAAAAAUAGUCCUGCGGGUUUUUCCUUUUUAACGACUUUCUUAGCAUCCCGGAUAUGACGUCAGAGGCAGUACCACUGAGGGUAUCAAUGCGCCAGGUUGAAGCGAGUUCUGGCUGAACAGGAUGUACCAACUGCUUCCGGCUGUGCCAUUACAUUGCCCGUAGUUAAUGGUUACACGGCCAGAGCAAAAGUACAAAGGGAAGCGCAAUACAAACAUUACGGUACCGCUUGUUCCUAUGUGAGAGGCGCUAACACUCCUCCCUCUGUCCCAGUAACCCAUUACUCCGAGCUGGAAGGAACCGGGAAUUUCCCUCUAGUCACGUGCCUGUGACUCGGCAGCUCCAGCGCGUGACGCAGAGACUGAGAGGAGGGGGCGGGGCGUGAGAGAUUGAGGAGAUAGAGAAGAGGAUUAGCUGCAGACUCUGCUUCUGAUCAUUUUCCUGCUUCGCUUUCGGCCUCUCGGGACACUGAGAGACAUUGGAAUCUUCCCUGUUGGGGCCAUUUCUGGCUGUUUCUAAGCCCAGAGAUCUUUCAUCGGGCCGGUGACUACCAUCUGGAGAGGAUGUCACAUGAAAAGAGCUUCCUGGUUACUGGGGAUCCCUACUCCAGCGCCCCAUACCCUGUAGGACAGGAUCCUGCUCCUCCCCCCACAUAUGCGCCUGGGCCUUACCCCAAUACUGCUUCUUACCCCAAUACUGCUUCUUACCCCAAUACUGCUCCUUACCCCAAUACUGCUCCUUACCCCAAUACUGCUCCUUACCCCAAUACUGCUCCUUACCCCAAUACUGCUCCUUACCCCAGUGAUGUUCCAUACCCCAAUGCAGUUCCUUACCCACAAAAUGUCCCAAUGGGGCAGCCUCCUUACCCUCCUUACAACCAAGGACCUUAUCCCAGUGGGCCCUACCAGCAGCCCCCCUAUGGACAGAAGGGCUACUCCUCCCAAUCAAGCGAUUUCGACUCGCCGAUACACAGCACCACGUAUAAUGAAGACGGGCCCCCCUCCUACUGCGACAACCAGGACUUUCCCACCAGCCAUUGGGAUGAUAAAAAUAUCCGCCGCGCGUUUAUUCGGAAGGUGUUCCUGGUGCUCACGGCUCAGCUCUUGGUCACUUUUGCGUUUGUUGCUGUUUUCACAUUUGUGGAUGAAGCGAAGUUGUACGUGAGAAGGAACGUGUGGACGUAUUAUCUCUCGUAUGCAAUCUUCUUCGUCUCCCUCAUCACCCUCAGUUGCUGCGGAGAUUUCCGCCGUCGCCAUCCUUGGAAUCUUGUGGCCCUGUCCAUCCUGACGCUCAGCCUGUCGUACAUGGUGGGAAUGAUCGCCAGUUUUUACGACACGGAUGCGGUGAUCAUGGCCAUUGGGAUUACGGCGGGCGUUUGCUUCACCGUCGUCCUGUUCUCCAUGCAGACAAAGUAUGAUUUCACGUCGUGUAUGGGGGUCCUGCUGGUGAGCCUCAUUGUGCUGCUCAUCUUCUCCAUUCUGUGCAUCUUUAUCCGGAACAAGAUCCUGCAGAUUGUCUAUGCCUCCCUGGGUGCCCUGCUCUUCACAUGUUUCCUGGCUGUGGACACUCAGAUGAUUUUGGGGAACAAGCAGUUGUCUCUGAGCCCCGAGGAAUAUAUAUUUGCGGCUCUCAAUCUCUACACGGAUAUCAUCAAUAUCUUCCUCUACAUCCUGGCCAUUAUUGGAAAGGCGAAGGAAUAAUCCCCUGGAUAUUGGGACCUGUCCAUUCCCUUAACCACUACGUUCAUUAGCUCCAUGCUGAUUGGAUCUUUCUCUAGCAGUAAUUGUGCCCCGCCCCUUCCCCCAGCUCUACCCCUGGGGUAUCAAACACCCACUAACUACACUGGGACCCAAGGCUUUCUCUUCUCUUUGUAUCUGUGUAGUUGUUACAUUAUUUAUGCUACGGACAAAUAAAGAACCAAACACACACUUAUAUAUACACUUAUAUACACUUACAGUAUAUACACACACUUAUACACACUUAUAUACACACACUUAUAUACACUUAUAUAUACACACUUAUAUACACACACAGUUACACUUAUAUACACAGACACUUACACACUUACACAAACAGACACUUACACACAGUUACACUUAUACAAACACACACAGACACUUACACAAGAAUCCCUGAAUGUGAAUGCAUUUGUCUGGCUUCUCCCACCCUACUGCACGGCGCAGGGAUAUAGUGGUGCAGAGCAUGGCUUGGGCGGAACCAGUGGAGGAACAUCUGACAUUGUCUGUUACAGUCUAGAACCCUCCGCUCAUUGUCGGCUGACUUUAUCAUUCAGCACCAGCCAUAGAGUGGACUUUGUAUUGCUCCUGUAGUGCUGCACCUUGAAUAUAAAUAUAUAUAUAUAUAUACUGUAUUAGUGCACAUCUAUUGUGUAGAAGAGGCUCAUGGGGAGUGUAUUAAUCUCCCUUCUGCUUAUUGGUUAAUAGUGCAGUGUGAUGUGUGUUCUGCACUUAAGGGUUAAUUCCUUGUCUGUGAAUGUACAGUAUUAACCAUUGCUCUGGCCAGUAUCUGUCCUACUGCUCCCCAUGUCUGUCUUCAUUGCACGGAAAUCUACAAUACAUGUAUGUACGAAACAAAA